GUGGGAAUUGUUGUGCGCCUUUUCUAACCAACAACAAGUGUGUGUAUGAUACAUGUCGGAAAGCAAUACAUUGAAAAACAUUUCUUCUCCUGGAAAAGCCGACUUGUCUCCAGGAAAAUACCGUGAACGACUACAUCAAAUUUUGUCAAAAGUACGAGCAUCACAGGAACAAGUCUAUUCUCCUUUGAAGAAUACACCUUCUCCACUUGAUGAAAAAUAUUCUCGUCACUCAAGAACUGUAUCUGUUGAUGUUUCUUCCGCAGGAUUGCCACGACCAAGUUCUCGUAGGCUGAGUUUUGAAAAGGUCUCUCCUGUUCCCCCUAUCUCAACGGAAGACAUCGAAGAUAAACAAGAAUCUCGAUAUAGGCCUAAACAACAACAAGAUGUUAAUCAAAUUAACGAUGAUAGCAAGUCAUCGUAUCAAUCUUUCAAGGUUAAACACCAUAGUCGCUCACAAAGUCUCAUUGAAAAAGUUGUUUCUACUAAUACUGGAGGAGCAUCUAGUCCAUUGAAUUCACAUUCCAAGCAUUCUUCUCGUUCAUCCAUGAAUGAAAACAAUUAUCUCCCUUCAAUACGCGAAGAAAAUGUUAUUCAUGAGGAUGAAUUGCCUGAUGACUCAAAUCCAAUGAACCAAUUACCUGAGCUAUUGGAACAACUAGAAAAGACUCCUCAAUUGCGAACUUAUAGGAAAUCUCAUCAUUCCAAGGAAUGGAAAAAUACUCCAGUCCAUCAAACUGAAGAAGAACUGUCCAUCCCACCCACAACUCCAAUAUCCAGUGAGCCUACCUUGACAAAGCCAACAACUUGGACGGAGAAAACCAAAAAAGAUAUUCGACGCAAGAAAGGUGGCAAAAGGCAUUAUCCAACCCUUCCUACUUGGUUUAAAGACACAUUUCGAGAUUCCAGGUCUUAUAGUCAAGACAACGUAUGUCAUAAUGAAAAAGAAUCGAGUCCUCCUCUAUUCCAUAUGGGUCUUCCAACAGCUGCCAUGGAAUUUCUCAUUUCAGAAGAUUUGUUGUAUGCACUGUUAGGAAUAUCUGGGAAAAUGACUAGUUAUUUGGAAAGUAUUCGCUCUUUGGAACAACAACAUGCGAUGACUUGCAAUCCAGCCAUCAAUUUGGGCUGUCGUAUAUUACCUCUUGCAGAUGAUUUGAGUAGAAUCCAGUCAUUCAUCGAUGACGUUACUUAUGAGUCAGGGUUGGUUAAACAAGCUACUUGUGGAGUUUUAAAAUCUUUGAUUCAUGAAUACUAUCGAAGAAUUGUCUCUAUUGAAAGUUUACUUCGUCGUGGAGAAUUAUCAUUGCAAACAUUAUGGCUUUCCUUACAACCUUGUUUUCGAACGAUGGCUGUUUUGAGACGUAUUGUGGAUGCAUUGAACCAUCCAGAUAUUAGAGGCAGCCUAGCAUUAGGAACAUUGCAUUCCAUUACUUUGCAACUUCAAGGUGAUCCAGACGCCUAUGAAGUAGCUACUAAUAUUAUGAGAGUGGCCUUUCAGCCUAUGAUCGAUUUCCUUUCUCUUUGGUUGAACUCUGGAGUUAUUUAUGAUCCAUUUGAAGAAUUUUUUAUUACUGAACAAGAAAAAUACAAAGGAUGGGAACCAGGUGAAGUUGUAGAUGACUCUUUUUGGGAACUUCGUUUUAUAUUAAGAAAAUCUCAAGUACCAUCCCUUUUUAGAGGAAUUGCUACCAAAAUAUUAACGUCUGGUAAAUACAAAUGUGUCAUGAAAGCUCUCCUUUCCAAGUCCUAUAUUGAACAUUCUUCUUUAUCUUAUCAUCCAUUCAUAGAAAGCGAAGAAAUGCCUCAAGAAGAUAUUUUGGACAAGAUAUUCUCGUCAAUUGAAAACUGUUUUAUGUAUUCUUCAAAAGAACUAUUUGAUGUGCUAUGCCAACGCUUUCAAUUGUUAUCAUUUUUAGGAUUUCUAAAGCACUAUUUGCUUCUGAGUCAAGCAGACUUUCUUGGUUUCUUUUUAGAUUUUGCUCGUGAAGAGUUAAAUAAGCCUAUCGCUACUAUUUCUACGGAAAGUCUCAAUGCACUAUUAGAACUUUCCAUUCGGAGCUGUUGCAACUUUUCGGAAAUGGAAACCCAAAAGGAUGCUUUGUUUUGUCGUCUCAUGCCUCAAUCUUUAACUUCUCAGUUGUUAAGAAUUAUUCAUUUGAAUGAUACGACUGACCAUACGACACCUGGCAAAGAUGAAAUACAUGACAAGGACAUAUUUGGUUAUGAGGCAUUUUGUUUGGAUUGUCACAUUCCAUUUCCACUUUCCAUUGUGAUAUCGAAGAGGAUGCUUACCAAAUAUCAACUUGUAUUCCGUCAUUUAUUUGCAUGCAAAAUGGUGCAUCGUAAAUUGGAAGAUGUUUGGAUACUUUUAAAGACUCAACGUUCUUGUUUCCGAGACAAAUGGAUUUCCAAUAGUUAUAUACUGUUUCAUCGAAUGAUUCAUUUUCUAGACAGUGUCUUAUACUAUGACUUUAUGGAAGUGAUUGAACCCAAUUGGAAGGCAAUGGAACUAGCGCUGAAAACAGGAUGUGACAAGUUGGAAGUUGCCAAUCGCAAACACAACGACUUUUUAGAUACCAUUUUAAAACAAUGUAUGUUAACCAACCCAAAAUUGUUGAGAACUCAAUCCAAACUCUUGAAUGCUUGCGUCAUGUUUUGCAGUUGUAUUCAAGACAACAUAAAUUGGCAAUUACUUUAUUUCGCAUUUACAAGUGUUGACUGAAUCAUUGAGUGCUUUUUCAUUGGUUGAUG